AAUGGUUGACCAGUUAACAGACGUGGAGUUUAGAGAGGCAGUUUCCAGCUUGCUAUUUCAACGCCUCCUUAUCAAAGAUGAUAUGAGCUUCAAAUGUAACUUAUGGCGUUUUUCUUUUUUUUUUUUUUUUAUCUUGGCGACAUAAUCACUAAGCGGCUUUUUGGUUUAAAAUGACAGCGUAACGUGAUGAUACUUCAGUGAAAACACCCGGUGCUUCCUCGUCAGUCGUGUAGAAGGAUUCACCGUGAGAUUUGCUGCUGUAGAGACGUGAUUUGAUGUGUGAGAUUGAUAAGAACGGCUGAAAACAUGUCGCCUGUUCCCGUCCUGCCGCUGGUCAUCAGCUGUUUCAUGUCAGCUCUGGGCUGCAUGGCCACACUCAAACUCAUCCCUGCCUUCAAAGAUCAUUUCAUCUCUGCCAGACUCUACGGAAUGGACCUAAACAAGCCAAACAAAGACAGAGUCCCAGAGUCCCAAGGAGUAAUCAGUGGUACAGUUUUCCUCAUCAUCCUCUUCUGCUUCAUCCCAGUGCCUUUUCUCAGCUGCUUUGUGGGCGAUCAGUGCACGGGCUUCCCACAUGAUGAGUUUGUGCAGCUGAUUGGUGCCCUUCUUGCCAUCUGCUGCAUGAUCUUUUUGGGCUUUGCUGAUGACGUGCUGAACCUGCGUUGGAGGCACAAGCUCCUUCUUCCUACCAUGGCUUCUCUGCCACUGCUCAUGGUCUACUUCACAAACUUUGGCAAUACUGUCAUAGUGGUGCCCAAACCCUUCAGAGCACUGCUUGGGAUGCAUUUAGAUCUGGGUAUCCUCUAUUACGUCUACAUGGGGAUGCUUGCAGUGUUCUGCACAAAUGCCAUCAACAUCUUAGCAGGCAUCAACGGCAUCGAAUCGGGUCAAGCCCUGUUUAUAUCUGGUUCUAUCAUCGUUUUUAAUCUACUGGAGCUCAGCGGGGAUUACCGGGAUGACCACGUCUUCUCUCUCUACUUCAUGAUUCCUUUCUUCUUCACCACAUUAGCACUUUUUUACCACAACUGGUAUCCCUCGUCUGUGUUUGUGGGAGACACUUUCUGCUACUUUGCCGGGAUGACCUUCGCUGUUGUUGGCAUCCUGGGACACUUCAGUAAGACCAUGCUGCUGUUCUUCAUUCCUCAAGUGGUCAACUUCAUCUACUCGUUACCUCAGCUUUUCCACAUUAUCCCCUGUCCCAGACACAGGCUCCCCAGGCUGGAUCCAGACACUGGAAAACUGGGAAUGAGCUACUCUAAAUUUAAAAAGAAAGAUCUCUCCCAACUGGGAUUACUCAUUCUGCAGGUGGCAGAGUUAUUAAAGGUGCUAGAGGUGCGGCGAGGCCAGGACGGAGAUGGAGACUUUAUCGAGUGCAACAACAUGACUUUAAUAAACCUCAUACUGAAAUUCUUCGGGCAAAUCCACGAGAGAAACCUGACGGUCAUCAUGCUCAUCAUACAGGUAAUGGGCAGCGCAUUGGCUUUUGGGAUUCGUUAUCAUCUGGUGCGUCUCUUCUAUGACGUCUAGACACCUCUCUGUUAAAACUGGGAAAAACUCACCUUGUUAUGGAAAUACCUUACAGGCUUGUGCCUGUCAUUUUUCCACCUGCAGGAAAGCCGAAACGCUAAAUUAGAAACUAUCAACAGCAGGACUGAAUCCAAACAGGAAAUACAACUGGUUGCUUAAUUUAUUGCAAAAAAGCUGGAGAGUAUAUAUUUGUACUUCUUUUUUUUUUUUUUUAAAGAAAGAAAUGUGCGACGAGGUGUCAACUUUCUUCACCUAAACUUGUGAGCAAUUAUGACCAAAUUUGUCAAUAUGUAUGUCCACUAUGCAUCAUAGUGGGUCUGCUAUUAAUACAAACAUAGAGGAGGAAAAUUCUUCAUCGCAGUAACCCAUACAUUGUGAAUUGGAGGUUAAUACUUGUUUUUUGUUUUGUUUUUCUAUUUUGUUCUGAACCAUCUCAGACAGAAUUGUUUAUGUGAACAAAUGCAGUUACAUAUGAGGAAGCGACACUAUAUUGAAAAUACAGGGAGGGCCAAGGUAAGUAGAAGGCAUAUUAGAAUGCUUUAACUGUGAUGAUAGUGAUGGGAUUGUUCUGAAAGUAAAGCUUUAUGAAGGGCGGGGGGAGUUAUAAGGUUGACUGGCACUUGAACUUCUUUAAGAAUGUAAUUUCAACUGAGGCACUGUUUAUUUUUUGGAAUUGAGUGAAGAAAUCUGAAAUAAAAAGUGUUGAAAUUAUUUUUAGA